AUGGCUCUCUCUGGGUUGAAAGUUAUCGAGUUUGCAGGUCUUGCACCGGGUCCCUUUGCUGGGAUGAUUUUGGCAGACAAUGGUGCUUCUGUAACGCGCAUCGACCGGCCAUCUUCUACCUCCAAUGAUGUUUUAUGCCGUGGAAAGCGCUCUAUCAUUGUGGACUCCAAGAAACCCAGUGGACGUCAGCUACUCCAGGAACUCAUCGCCUCUACAGAUGUUCUCAUAGACCCUUUCAGACCUGGUGUUCUAGAAAGGCUCGGACUUGGGCCUGAACUGUUUUUGGGAGAUGGACAACGGAAGGGUUUAAAUGAGAAACUUAUCUAUGCAAGGAUUGUUGGAUUCCCAAGAACAGGAGCAUUAGGACCCCACAAAAAUAUGGCGGGACACGAUAUUAAUUAUCUUGCAUUGAGCGGUGUUUUGGCUAUGCUUCCCGGAACUGCUGAAAAGCCCGCGUUUCCGAUAAAUAUUCUUGCCGACUUUGCUGGGGGAGGACUUACAUGCGCAAAUGGGAUCCUUCUGGCACUCAUUGAAAGAGGAAGAACAGGUCGAGGCCAAGUGGUGAAUUCAGAUAUGGUUUCUGGGACGCGUUAUCUUUCGUCCUUCCCCCUUAUUCAAAACUAUCUCAAGACUGGAAUCGUAGGUGGACCUCGAGGGACCAACAUUUUGGACGGUGGAUCACCCUUUUACAACAUAUACUCGUGUCAAGGCGGAGGUUGGAUGUCGGUUGGCUGCCUAGAGCCACAAUUUUUCAAGAUUUUCAUCGAGGCCUUUACGGAUCACGUUCCAAAAGAUUUCAACCCUUUGAAUGGUUGGAAGCCGAAUCCUUCAACACAGUUCCAGAAGGACGAGUGGCCAAUGCUUCAAGAAUAUCUAACCAAAGGUUUUCUAACAAGGUCUAGAGAUUUCUGGACGGACUUGUUUCAUGGAACUGACGCUUGUACGGUACCAAUUCUGACACCGCAAGAAGCUGGCAAACAAACUUCCAAUAUCCCGGCCUUCCACCCCCAGCUUACUAGUCAUAUAGAUCAGGGAAAACCUUGUGAUUCGAAGAAUGUGAUUCUACAGCCGGGAACUCACACGUAUGCUGUUUUGCGCGAGUAUGGUCUUGAUGAAAGUCGUAUACGCGAAUUAGACAAUGCCGGUGUACUGGGAAACAAAUCCCUACCCCCUUCCAAAUUGUAG